CGGUCUCCGCCGGUCUCCGCCUCUCCCGUUCGCCAUUGCGGCGGCUCAGGGCGAGCCGCGGCCCCGCUCCGCUCCCCGCCCGGCCUCGGCCCGCCGCCCGGCUCCACGGCGCAGGCCCGCUGCAGCGCAGCCGCUCUGAGUAGUCAUUGAUGGAUGAACACGAGGUGACCCAAACGGAGCACAUGGCCACCAUCGAGGCCCAUGCGGUGGCCCAACAAGUGCAGCAGGUCCAUGUGGCCACCUACACAGAGCACACCAUGCUCAGUGCGGAUGAGGACUCACCAUCUUCACCAGAGGACACGUCCUAUGAUGACUCUGACAUCCUCAACUCCACAGCUACUGAUGAAGUCACUGCCCACCUGGCUGCAGCAGGCCCUGUGGGGAUGGCAGCAGCCGCUGCUGUGGCAACAGGGAAAAAACGGAAGCGACCACACGUAUUUGAGUCCAACCCAUCCAUCCGCAAGAGGCAGCAAACACGUCUGCUACGGAAGCUCCGAGCCACGCUGGAUGAGUACACCACCAGAGUGGGGCAGCAGGCCAUCGUUCUCUGCAUCUCGCCUUCCAAACCCAACCCUGUCUUUAAAGUAUUCGGUGCUGCACCCUUGGAGAACGUGGUACGCAAGUACAAGAGCAUGAUCCUGGAAGACCUGGAGUCUGCGCUAGCGGAACACGCUCCUGCGCCUCAGGAGGUUAACUCCGAGCUGCCACCCCUCACCAUCGAUGGCAUUCCUGUCUCAGUGGACAAGAUGACCCAGGCACAGCUACGAGCUUUCAUCCCUGAGAUGCUGAAGUAUUCCACGGGUCGUGGGAAGCCAGGCUGGGGCAAGGAGAGCUGCAAGCCCAUCUGGUGGCCUGAGGACAUCCCAUGGGCCAACGUCCGCAGCGAUGUGCGCACAGAUGAGCAGAAGCAGCGGGUAUCAUGGACCCAGGCGCUGAGGACGAUUGUGAAGAACUGCUACAAGCAGCACGGGCGUGAGGACCUGCUCUAUGCCUUUGAGGAUCAGCAGACACAGCAGCAGACAACAACCACACAUAGUAUAGCACACCUUGUGCCAUCACAGACAGUGGUACAAACCUUCAGUAACCCUGAUGGCACCGUGUCCCUCAUCCAGGUUGGCACCGGUGCCACAGUUGCCACGUUGGCUGAUGCCUCAGAGCUGCCCACCACAGUCACUGUCGCACAAGUGAAUUACUCUACAGUGGCUGACGGAGAGGGUCAGCUCUGGGCACAGGAGAAUGAAGCAGUUGCCUUGAACGUCAGACGGCUGGGGAUGGCCAAAGAGCUUCGACGAGCGCCAGCUUUGCUUGUGCCCAAGUGCUGGAAAACCAGACUGGCAGCAGCUGAGGAGUGUGUGAUAGCAGAUGUGGAGCAGAACUGGGCCACGCUACAAGGGAGUGAGAUGACUAUCCAGACGACGCAGGCGUCAGAGGCCACGCAGGCGGUGGCAUCAUUAGCAGAAGCAGCAGUGGCAGCAUCUCAGGAGAUGCAACAAGGAGCAACUGUUACCAUGGCACUCAACAGUGAAGCAGCCGCCCAUGCAGUAGCCACGCUUGCUGAAGCCACUCUUCAAGGGGGGGGACAAAUUGUCCUGUCUGGUGAAACUGCAGCAGCAGUAGGAGCGCUUACUGGAGUCCAAGAUGCCAAUGGUCUCGUCCAGAUCCCCGUCAGCAUGUACCAGACCGUGGUGACCAGCCUGGCCCAAGGCAACGGCCCCGUUCAGGUGGCAAUGGCCCCCGUCACCACAAGGAUAGGGGACAGUACUGUCACCGUGGACGGGCAGGCAGUGGAGGUGGUCACCUUGGAACAGUGAUGUUCCCAGAGCCGGGAUCACAGUGAUUUUCCUCGUCUCUCAACGCGACUAAGUUUUUUACGCCUCUCCAGAGAUGCAACGAGGGCAUCGAGUCUCCAGCUUGGGAAGCAAAAGGGUUGGAGGUUUUGUCAACCUUUUUUUUUCUUUUUUUAAGGA